AUGUGUUGUUUUUUUUUUCUCUUUUACAGAAGCUGCAAAGAAUCGAUACUGCUGACUGUCAUCCAGCCUUACCCUUCUCCCAAGUCAGCGUUCAUUAGUGCUGCAAAGAAGGCCAGAUUAAAGUCCAACCCCGUGAAAGUGCGCUUCUCCGAGGAGGUCAUCAUCAACGGGCAGGUGUCGGAAACUGUUAAGGACAAUUCGCUUCUGUUUAUGCCAAAUGUGUUGAAAGUCUAUCUGGAAAACGGGCAGACCAAGUCCUUCCGCUUUGACUCGAGCACCUCCAUAAAGGAUGUCAUCCUGACCCUUCAGGAGAAGCUGUCCAUCAAAGGCAUCGAGCACUUCUCCCUCAUGCUAGAGCAGAGGACGGAGGGCGCCGGGAGCAAGCUGCUGCUGCUGCACGAGCAGGAGACCCUCACUCAGGUGACACAGCGGCCCAGCUCCCACAAGAUGAGGUGUCUUUUCCGAAUCAGCUUCGUGCCGAAGGAUCCGAUCGACCUGUUACGGAGGGACCCGGUUGCUUUUGAAUAUCUCUACGUGCAGAGUUGUAACGAUGUCGUACAGGAGCGAUUUGGGCCGGAGCUGAAAUACGACAUAGCCCUGCGGCUGGCGGCCUUGCAAAUGUACAUCGCAACCGUUACCACCAAGCAAACGCAGAAAAUCUCUCUCAAAUACAUCGAAAAAGAGUGGGGAUUAGAGACGUUCCUUCCCUCGGCUGUGCUGCAGAGCAUGAAAGAGAAGAACAUAAAGAAGGCACUUUCACACCUUGUCAAAGCAAAUCAAAACUUGGUACCACCCGGCAAAAAGCUCUCUGCCCUGCAAGCCAAGGUCCAUUAUCUCAAGUUCCUCAGUGACCUUCGUCUGUAUGGGGGCCGUGUGUUCAAGGCAACACUAGUGCAGGCAGAAAAGCGCUCGGAAGUGACCCUCCUGGUGGGGCCCCGAUAUGGCAUAAGCCACGUCAUAAACACCAAAACCAACCUGGUGGCUCUCUUAGCUGACUUCAGCCAUGUGAACAGGAUCGAGAUGUUUACCGAAGAGGAGAGCUUGGUGAGGGUGGAGCUCCAUGUGCUGGACGUGAAGCCCAUCACGCUGCUAAUGGAAUCAUCCGACGCCAUGAACUUGGCCUGCUUAACAGCUGGAUACUACCGGCUACUUGUGGAUUCCAGGAGGUCCAUCUUUAACAUGGCCAACAAGAAAAAUGCCGGGACCCAGGAAACAGGAACUGAAAAUAAAGGAAAGCUUAACAUCCUUGGCCCUGAUUGGAACUGUAUACCCCAAAUGACCACCUUUAUUGGCGAAGGGGAGCAAGAAGCCCAGAUAACAUAUAUAGAUUCCAAACAGAAGACGGUGGAGAUUACGGAUGGCACCUCGUGUCCAAAAGACCACCGGCACGUGUACAUAGCCAACACCUAUAAUCCCGAUGAACUCAACCCUCAGCUGGCACAGCCGGGAGACGCUCCGUGUGAGGCCGACUACAGAAGCCUCGCUCCGCGGUCUCUCUUGACCUUCUCAGGCCCAGAAACUCUCAAGAAAGCACAGGAGUCUCCGAGAGGAGCCAAAGUGUCCUUCAUUUUUGGAGAUCUCGCCAUGGACGAGGGGAGCAGUCCCCCAGCUCUCAGCUACGACAGACUCUUGGACGAGAAUCCGGAGCUGCUGGAGAAGCAGGCGAAUCUGUACAUGAGAAGUGCCAACGACAUGAAGAACCUGGACCUCGCCCCCGACGCGGAGAACAUCCCGUUUGGGGAAAACUCCGUGUAUGCGAACAUCGGCGACGUGAAGAGCUUCGAGGCCACCCCGGGCAUCGAGGAGCCCCUUCUCCAUGACAUUUGCUACGCGGAAAACACCGACGAUGCGGAGGACGAGGACGAGGUGAGCUGUGAGGAGGACCUCAUGGUGGGCGAGAUGAACCAGCCCGCCCUCCUCAACCUGUCUGGUUCAAGUGACGACAUCAUUGACCUCACGUCCUUGCCGCCUCCAGAAGGGGAUGACAACGAGGACGACUUCCUGCUGCGGUCCUUGAACAUGGCCAUCGCCGCGCCCCCGCCUGGCUUUCGAGAUAGUUCGGACGAGGAGGACUCUCAGAGCCAAGCAGCCUCCUUCCUCGACGGCAAGGAGCCGGGCGGCGGCCUGCAAAAUGACGAGAUCCCCGUGUCCCUCAUCGACGCGGUGCCCACCAGCGCCGAGGGGACGUGUGACAAGGGACUGCCUAAGCCCGCCGUCUCCCCGCUGGGAGCUCUGGGAGCUCUGUCCGUGUCAGAGGAACAGCAGACCAGUAACAAUUCAGGUGUAGCCAUCUUGAGGGCUUAUAGCCCCGAGUCUUCUUCAGACUCGGGCAAUGAGACUAACUCUUCCGAAAUGACGGAGAGCUCUGAGCUGGCCACGGCGCAGAAGCAGUCCGAGACCCUGUCCCGCAUGUUCCUGGCCACGCCCGACGGCUACCACCCCCUCACCGUGACCGACGGGCCGUCCAAAGUCGUGCCUUCCAAGCAGAUCCUGCACUCAGACCACAUGGAGAUGGAGCCCGAGACGAUGGAGACCAAGUCGGUCACGGACUAUUUCAGCAAACUGCACCUGGGCUCGCUGGCGUAUUCCUGCACCAGCAAGAGGAAAAGCAAGCUGGCCGACGGGGAGGGGAAAGCGCCCGCGAGUGGGAACGCACCAGGGAAGAAGCAGUCGGGGGCCAAGUCCGCCGAGGCCGAGGAGGACGCCAAAGGUAAAUUUGGGACCGUGUCUUCCAGGGACGGGCCGCACCUGGGCGCUUUUAACCUGGAGAGAACUGCCUUCCGCAAGGACAGCCAGCGAUGGUACGUGGCCACGGAGGGCGGAGCGGCUGACAAAGGUGGCCUGGAAGCAGCCACGGGGAUCUUUCCACGCGCUCCUGGUCUGGGGCCGCGGGAGGCCGAAGGGAAGGAGGAAGGGGCUCCCCGAGGGGAAGCCCCUGAGGCUUCAGGACUGGGCCAGCGGGACCACUUCUUAACUGACGCGACCUGUGUCCCUUCAGCCAAAGACUUAGACCACCCAGGGGAUGCCAACCCGUCGACCUGUGACCGUCCCUCCCAGCUGGCCGGCGCGGAAGAGAGCGUGGCCCAUCUCUGUGACUACCACUUGGCCAAGCGGAUGUCAUCGCUGCAGAGCGAGGGCCAUUUUUCCCUCCAGAGCUCUCAAGGCUCUUCGUGCGCCUCCGCGGGCAAAGGCGGGCCUUACGGGCCUUCCGAGGAGAGAGCCCCCGGGCUGCCCAGCCACGGAGCCCCCUUUAAGGAAUCACACCCUCAGCCGGAAGGGGUGUGUCCCCGGAUGACAGUGCCUGCCCUGCACACAGCCAUUAAUGCUGAACCCCUGUUUGGGACUUUGAGAGAUGGAUGUCAUCGACUCCCCAAGAUUAAGGAAACCACAGCUUUGACAGAGUCUGGGAAGGAGAGACGAGGAGGCAUGCCUUCAGUGUGGUCUCAAUAUCCUGAAGUUGAUCCCAUCCUGCUACCAUCAAACAUUCACUCGGAAUCAAAGGUGCCAAUUCCAAAUCAAGACCCCAAUGAUUUCUCCCAAGCAUCCCAGGCCUACGGAGAGGCUGUGAGCUGGCAGCCACUGGAUCUGAGAGGGGAGAGCCAUGGGACACCCCCCAGCCAGAGGGCUCUGAGACGUAGCAGCAGCGUCCUCUCAGGAUGUGUAGGUUUGGAGACCUUCCGAGAGAGAACCAAGGGUACGGUCAGCUUCAAGUGUCCAGGUGUCACAGAAGAAGCACAGGAGGCCACUUCAGAAAGGCGAGCAGAACUCCCCCUGGGAAAGAAGCUCACCAAAAGUUUUUCCCAAAGCUCGAUGCACUUUAGCCCCGACGGGAAGCCUCACAAAAGGUCCCCGGUGGCUCACAAAGACUCAAAGCUGUAUAAGACAUUACCUUUGAGGAAGCUGGAGGGCAGCAAUUGGAGAUGCCGGGGACCUUUCAGCUACUGCUUCCUAAACCGAGGGCAGGAUGAAGAUGAGGAUGAGGAUGAAGAGGAGGGAGCACCCACCCACCGGGUCUCUUGCCUCUUUCCACUACAGAUGACUAAAGCCAUGCCGGAACCAACCAGCCCACCCCUGGCUGUUGGGAUUCAGAAGCAAGAAGGGGAGCUGUCCAGGUGUCCAGUGCUGAAGGUCUGGGCCGAAGACCUGAGUGGCCCAGAUGACACGGACUUCAGCAACCUGGCUUUUGAUGCCCGGAUUGCAAGAAUAAGUGCCCUAAAGCAGAGCACAUAUGCAAUGCCCGAUGGGUUCCUCGCAGCCCAAAACGAUGCCAAUGAGCUACUCUGCCUUGUCAGGGCAACCAAGGGGAAGAGAGAGGAGUCACGCCCUGAAACAUAUGACCUUACACUUUCUCAGUACAAGCAACUGUUGUCCAUUGAGUCCAGACAGUUAGGAAGUGCCUGUAGGAAAAUGGCAAUGGCCGAGAAAAGCCCAGAGGAGAUGCUCGUAGCUAUGACUUCCAGCUUUCAAGUGCUCUGUUGCCUAACAGAAGCUUGCAUGCGAUUAGUGAAAGUCGUGAGCUCCGAAACACAGCGGCAGGAAAUUGUAGUGAAGAUCGAUGAAGUGGUCAUAAACUACAUUUGUCUCCUGAAGGCUGCCGAGGCAGCCACGGGAAAGACCACUGGGGAUCCCAGUGUCGGGCUGUCGACGCGACCUUCAACCACCAUGGCCGCCCUCGUAAGCACACUAACACGUUCUCUCAAGAUGCUUUUAAAUAAAUAAAAGUGUGAAAGUCACAUCAUAAUCUACCUUUGCAAAGCCAUACAUGAACUUUUAUUUCCUUUCUUUCUUGUACGAUGAACAGACGUCUCCUUUCUUCUCUCUGUAUAUUUUGUUAUUUUGUAUAAAAAGGAGAUAAAAGAGUCACAUUGGUGAGAUGUUGAAAUGUACUAAUCAGAUGUAUUCUGUUUAUAUGAUACAUAUAUACAUGUAAAAGAGCUAUACGAGAAAGUGAUGACAUUUGGCUAUUUUUCAUAUAGUCGAAACUCGGGGUAUAUGACGUGAAAUUUUAAAUUCUACUGUGUUAGAGCAAAACAAUGAAUCCCAUCCCCUUUCCUUCCAAGUGGAUAUUUGGAGACCAUGUCGUUCAUAUUUAGAAGUAAAAACAAAAAAAAGGAAAGAAAUCACAAUGUAUAUAAAACAGUACUUAUGUUUUAAAAUUAUGAUUUUUAAGCAUUGGAAAUAGCAAAAAGACAUUUAAAAUCCAAGAAGCUAUUAUGAAUGAUUAGAGAAGAUAUAUAAUAAAUUAAUUUUUUGCUCAUAGCAUUUGGUUAUCUGAUGCUUUCUUCCAGGAAUCCUACAUUUUUCAUUUUGGCUUAUUCCAUUUGGGUUCAAAAAGGGUGGAGGUGGAUUCUAUUGUGUCAACACAAAUGCUCUGCCAGAUGUUCCUAGAAUUAAAAUACUUCCCAAUAGAAGAACAGAGAGAAUGAUGAGCAGGUUCCUGGGUAAUACCUAGUUAUAGAUUAUCUAAUUACAUAAAAUGAAAGAAUAAUACUAAAAUUAAUUUUUUGAUGAAAAGACAGAUCUGCUUUGACUAAAUGUCAAAAUACGUAAACCAAAGACAUCAUCCACCUCCCCAACUCAACCAUGAAAUUUAGAAUUCCCUUAAGAGUGACAGAACAUUUA